ACUGUACCGUACUCUGCUAACUAGCAACAACAACGCCACGCUAAACUUUGUUGUUAUGGACCAAUUUUUAUUCUUUUUUAUGUCAGUAUCCCGCUUAACGAAUGUCAUACACCUAAAUUUCAUUCCUUCGUCAUUAUCUUAGCAGUGUCAUGGAUGGAAAAGAGAAGCAAGAUGGUGUGUUGGAGAGUUAUUCACCUGCCACCAGCUUUGAAGUGCGACUGAAUGAAGUACAACAGAGAAGCACAAAGUGCCCAUCUUCAGAGAGGGCAAUGUCUAUCUUUGAGGUAUUCGACGAGGUCUUGCCCCAGCUGGGUAUCUUCCAGAAGGUCCUGAAGAUGGUUCGAGAUGAGAUGUUUGAGGCUGUAUACAGUCACCAGUACACUGGUUCACAGUCUCAGCAUACAGACUACAACCCUGCUACCAACAUAGUAACGGCUAGAGGAGUAGAAAACAAGGUCUACAUAGAGAGGAUACCAUAUUUUUCUCUUGUGCAGAGAGUCUAUGAUUCUAGGCAUGAAGAAGCUGAAGAGCUGAAGGAAGAGAUCAAGGUCCUUCAGAAGCGGCUCUCGGACAAGACCAUGCAGUUCAACCAGGCUGUGAUAACCAUCGGUGUCUUGAGGGAAGAGAUCUCGGAACUUCAAGCCACUGUCGAAGAGAAAGAAGAGAUGAUCAUCAGUAGAGACGAGACAAUUGCAAGCAAGGAUGAUGAAAUCAUAACUCUGAAGGAGGAUGCUUUCAAGGAGAAGACACAACUUGAGCUGGAGAAGCACCAGUUAGAGGAAGAGGUGGCCAAACUGAAGAGUGAGGUGGAAUACCUGAGUCAUUACAAGAAUGGCUAUGAUGCUUUAGAAGAAGCUUUCAUAUUCAGACCAGGCGAAGACAAGUUCUCCCAUGCUCCAAAGAAAUCCAGAAAGUCGGCCAUCGCAACAAGAAAGAACCAUCUCAUGACCGACUACGAGGCCGCCAAGAAGAUCGAGAAGCAAUUGCUGUUGGUGAGGAACCAGACCAUCGAGGAGUUUGACGCGUUCUUUGAGAGUCACGUCAUGGAACUGAAGGAUCGGGUCUUUAAGGAGAAACCGGCGGAGGAUGCCAUCUUACCGGAUCACGUCUACGAUCAGGAGGAGCUUAUUAUUGAGAAAUUGGAUAUGGAACUGGGUAGCAUGCAGGAGCGAUUCCAGCAGACCAUCGAAGCCCUCAACAAUGAACUUGACAUGAUCCGACUCCACAAGGACUAUGUAGAGACCCAGCUGGACGAACUUGAUAAACAGAUCCGAGCCAAACCGCCCAGUCGAGUCAUGUUCCGGUCGACGGGCACCAACCUCAAUAGCGCAGGGGCAAGAAGCAACCACUCUGCAGGACAGUAUGGCAAGCAGUCAAGGUUGAGUGGGAAAGAAUCCACCAUGUCGGUUGUAGGUGGCGGAGACAGCUUUGAGAAUAUGGACCUGAUGGGUGCCGAGAUGGAUCCCUUCAUCCCCCAGGAGGCCAUCCUCAGCAAGUACUCCAUCAUGGUCUAUACCUCCACCAACCAGAAGAAGACAUUCCAUGGACUCAAGGAUGCCAAGUUCUGUGCGAGCUGCGGAGAAAAGACUGUGAUCUGCCCUCAUAAAGUCAGCAAUGAGAAGAUAAUUAUCCUGCCUCAUAACUGCUCCCACAUCAAGCUAUCGAGACCAAAGGUUAGGAUACAAGCUGAACGCAAGGACAAAGAAUACCGCAAGCCCCACCCACCAAAGGGCAAGAAAGGCGCGCCCCCAUCAGGCACCACCGACGCCAGCGGGGUGCGGAAGGGCAAACGUAUGGCCAAUCAGGAGGUGGGUACCCAGGAGGGGGAGGAGCCCCAGGAGAUGGAGAGGCCAGAGGUGACGAUAAGACUACCUGUCGAUGACCAGACGGAUGCAGGAGCAACAGGAGAAGAAGAUGGAGGAGAGAAGGAGAAGGAGGAGGAUGGAGAGAAGGAAGAGGGGGAUGAGGAGGAAGAGGAAGAAGAAGAGGAGGAAGGAGAAGAGAAAGAGAAAGCCGCUGCACAAGAACAGCAGGAGAAACCAUUCACCGUGCUUUGGGAUGACUACAAAGAAAGAACUGGUCAGACCAGACAUGUUCCUAGACCAUUGGAAUUGCGGCGAGUGAUGUCAAUGAUCUCCCAGUUCUAUUCUUACGUUCUCCUUCAAGAUGAAACAGCAGGCACUCCAGCAGUCUCUAUUCUUGAAGCCCUAUACACACAUCUGGAGGAGCGCUACCUGAUCAGAGAAGUGGCUCAUCUGUGCAUGCAUGAUUUCAUUCAGGGUGUCAUCGAGUAUGCCCCUCAACACAAGUUCAUCCAGAUAUUUGCUCAUGUGAUGGUCGGUAACCUGGAUGCCACUGUCUCCAGAUAUCUUCUCAUAUUGACCGAUCUGGUAGACAGAGUCGACUGGCAUCAUAUUGAGGACUUCAAGUACUUCAUCAUGGCCGUCUAUCCCUUCCUGAAUGAGGAUGAAUUAGAUCAGCUUCACCUUGGCUAUACUUCCUUCAGUGAGAACAAGGUUACAAAGACGCUCAUCUUUGAAUACUUCAUGUAUGUCAUACUGAAAUAUAGAGAGCCUCGCUUCCAAGAUGUUGAGAUGAAGAUGGCCCAGAGACCUGGCCGUGAGUUUGGUGUGAUGAGUGAGAGAGAGUUUAACGAAGCCGCCGACGCUUUAGCUCCUCUAGCCAACGAAGGAAUGAGACACAGACUUUUCACAGAGUCACUGGAACAUUACAGCAAAGACGGCCGUGUUGCUAUUAGUCGUCUGACACACAUUGUAAGCUACUUGCUCCUGUACGGAAUGGCUCCCCUCCUACGGGAGAAGAUCGCAGAGACCAUGCAAGAAUUUAGGCUGAAUUCAGCGGAGACCCAGUCCAGAGGAGGCAUGCAGUCCAGGGGAACUAAUCUAUCUAGAACAGGGCAUAGGAACGAGAGACCGGUUGCUAUGGCAACUGCGAGUGGAAAUCAGCAGAAAGAUGAAGAGCCCAAGAUCAUCACUGCCUCUCAGCUGAAGAACCUGGCCAAAAAUGUUGAAAGACGAUCUCAGAACCGCGGCACGCGUCAAAUCCAAGCUAACCCUCGGAUGGACAUUGAUGACUUGGUCAGUGGUGGUGACGCCAUAGACGAAUUGGCAGAGUUUAGCAACAGCGGACUAAUGGUGAUUGGACCGGACUAGACGAAGGUAUUUAAAGUGGCAUAUCAGUUGGUUGUUUGAUGCAUGCUGUCAUCAGAUAUAGGAUCCUCUGUCGAUUCAGAUUGUAACCCAAGUUCUGAAUUCUACCAAGCCCAGUCUGAAAGAAUGUUGCAAGGAAAUAUUUUGCAAUCACUUCAAUAUUAUUUUACACUCCUUUUUGCAAGAACCAAAUCAAUAAUCAAUUACAGGUUCAUAAUUAAUUGCUAUAAAUAUGAUUGAUUUGGGCAACUAUUAAUAGAUUUGCAGUUGAUAUGAUUUUUUUUUCAAUAAGUGGAGGUCCAAACCUCAAUAUCAAGCUUAUUGUUUUCAUUCAUUCCCCCAUCCUCACAAAUUUAGUAGAGCAUACUAAUACCCCUUUCAUAAACCCAUCCUCCAAUUAUCCGCCUAAGAGUAAUGCGGAUAAUUCAAUAAAAAUUGCAUUCACAAACUCCGAAAAUAAUCCGCACUAUUUUUUACGAGCGCCCGACCUGAAAAAGGCGGAUAAUUGUCAUGGCAACUGCACACACCCCCUCCGAUGGGGUUGUGUUGGAAAAGGGUGACCUUGUGACCGCACCAUGGCAAUUAUCCGCAUGUGAUGUCUUCUGCGAGCAAUCAUGUAAUAUUUCAACUUAUUUUCCUUAUAGAAGGGGGUAUGAAGUAAAAUAACUUUUUGAGUAAAAGGAAUUGGGGGAAUUUCUAUUUCUUUACAUUCAUGUAUGGAGGAUCUGCUCAUCUGUGACAUCACAAAAUAAAAACUUUGAAAAUUCCUUACUCUAUUUAUUCUGUGAUGGAUUUUCAUCAAACCUCACCAAUAUGUGUCUCUGAUUUUUCUGCUUUUACUGAAAUCAAUAUAUCAUCUGUAAGAACUUUUGAGGGACUGUUGCAUAUUCUUUUUGGAAAAGAUCUGAGAAUAUUCCUGACAGAGAGUGAAGAAUACUGCACGAUAGGUCGAGAUCCAACAGUUCUUCUCAGAACUUGAACAAAGAAAAAGAAGUCCUUACAUGGUACAUCCUAAUAUUUUCACCUGGUCGUAACCACCGUGCAAACAUUCAAAGCUUUUUAUUUUCAUUUUAUCUGUCCGAAUCAAUUAGCUCCAAGUUGAAUGAAAGACCUCUCCGUGUAAUGAUCAUUGAUGCCAUGGUGCAACUUUAGAUGAUCAUCUGGUAAUUUAAAAUGGGUAUUGUGUAACUCCUCCCUCUCCCUCAAACACCCACACACACAAACCCAUAAUCCUCUAUGCCCACGCCCUUGAUAAGGGAAGACUGAACAGGAUGUUAAUUGUUUCAUCUGAAAGAAGGAUAUGAGCUUUGAUUUAAUUGGCAAGCAAGCUACUUUUGUUUUGGACUUUGCCAUCCUAUGGGGAGUGUUCCUUGAAAGGACUUGUCAGAUGUUAUAUCCAACAAGUCCUGUUUUAUCUGACAGUUAUCAUAGUAAUAGUGUUUCUUAGCCAAUCAAAAUACAGGGAAUAUUGUCAGAUCUGACAUGUCUGACGAAAAUGUUGUUGAAACCCUCCCCUGUUAAUGACAAUACCUAGACAAAAGAGAAAAUGGUGGGAAUAGCACUAAUAUUGCCUGAACUUGAUGUCAAUAGAUAGCUCUGAAAUGUGUUUCUCUGGAUUUAAGAGAAAAGUAGUGAAGGACCUGGAAUCUUGUUGCAUUAAACGGAAACAUUAUGGUAACUUUGCCAUCAUCCAAUGUACAUGAAACCCUUGAUUCUGUUGAGCAUUGUUAUUACCUUGGUAAGUACCAUUGGAUGGCAAAGUGAGCAUUACAGUAUCUUUUGUGCAACAGAACCCAGGAUGAAGCAAGCCAGUUCGUAGUUCCUUUCUGCGCAUGAUCAAAAGAUUCUGCGCAUGAUCAGAGGAAGGUCAUUUGUACUAAAGUGACAUGGUGGUUUAAAAUUGAAUGAGAUAAGCACCAACUUUGAUGUCUUGAUUAUUCAUAUAUUCUUUUGAAUUGUGUUUUUCAUUUACAUCCACAAAAAACAACAAUGCGUCCAUGAAUGACUGGUAUUUCAACAAAUACCUUCAAAAAGUGUUCAUUAAAGUGCUAUUCUAGUCACCUGGUCUAUUCAAUUUCUUCAUCCUGCUAUGUAAGGCAUGCUUACAUAAUAUCUUGCUUUGAAAUCUGCCUAUCAUAAUGAAAUAAAUGAAAGGUAAUUUGACCAAAUUGUCCAUGAAGUAACUACAAACUGGUCUAUUGGUCCAGUGGUUCAGACUUUGAAAUGGAGGGUUGUGGGUUCAAGUCCCUGCCACUGCUCCAUUUCCUGCAGUAAUUCCCUUCAUAUUGACAGUGUUGAAACAGUUGCAAUUGAGUACCUCGUCAAAAGUUAAAGCUGUAUCUUUCGCGUAGGAUUCCCCCAAGUGGCUUUUCAUAACCAAUCUUCAUGAUACUAGAUAAAACGUGUAAAGCAGGAGAGCCGCUAUUUGACUAGCGCUGAGCAAUAUUUCAAUGUUAUCAAAAUUAUGCCAUAAUAAUUUUUUUAAAUGUUGAAUAUUUUCUAAUUGUUUUUUUGUGAUUAUGGUGAUAUACCAUGUAACACAAUAUGAUUAAUAUAUUGUCAAUUAUGAAAAGUUAUUUAUUGAGCAAAUUUUUGCUUUGUAGUGCUUUAGACCAACUCAGAACUUCUUAUAAAGUUGGUACCGUAAUGCCUGCUUUUCAUGAACAAGCACCAAUGGAUGCCUUUCAUUUCCCCCUUCCCUUCUCUCACAGAAUUGCAGCCCAUAAUGAACGUACAUAAUAAAUGUUCAGACUCGGUGAUAUAUCAUGUUUUUUCGGCCAUAUUUUUCUGGCGAUAAUCAAUUAGCAUUGAAAUCAAAUAUCAACCAGCACUACAUUUGACAAGUUGCCUUACAAUGUGGUAUUGUGUUUGAUGUGGUUUAACAGACUUGCAAGCAGGAUGUAAAUAGAUCUGAAUUGCUUUGAAUUUUGAUUAUCAACAAUGAUAAUCAUGUACCUAAUUGUUUUUAAGCUUGAUUUAUGAAGAUGCCUUUAAAAAAAAUGAAAUGUCACAAAGCUAUUAAAUUAAAGUGUUAUCCGUCCUUUAAUGAAUCUGUAUUAUAUUGUACUUUAAUGUGAUAAAUGUUUAUAAAUUUUUAUACUGUCAGUGUAAUAUAUGAAGUUUUAAAACAAAUAUUGCAGUAUUUAUUUUUUAGAUGUAAUGGAUGUAACAUUUAUGCAUAGAGUGAUAUAAAUUGUUUUAUAC